AUGUUGUCGACAUUGAUACCAGCAGUGGCUCUCCUCGCCCAGCACGUGCUUGCUCAGGCGGCAAACCCUACAUCCAGCUACUAUGGCCCCGGCAUACCCACUGAUAUACCUGUGCCUGGUAAUUACACCGACUACCUCCGGCCACGAGUACAUUACAGUCCGCCCAGAUACUUCAUGAACGGUACGAAUUGACGUUGAGGCGAGGCAAGAACAUGACUAAAAGCAAUACCCAGACCCCAACGGCAUGCACCGGGGCGCCGAUGGAACGUAUCACCUCUACUAUCAAUAUAACCCACUGACGCCGGUUGCGGGGAAUCAAGUCUGUCAUCCGGAGGAACAUUAUGUUGCAAAGGCUGACGGCAAUGCUAGCAUUGGGGGCAUGCCACCUCAAAAGAUCUAUAUACCUGGGAAAACCAGAAGAUUGCAUUGUGGCCUCCCAACAACUACACCUUUGUGUUUAGUGGCUCUGCUGUUCUUGACCCAAACAAUACCUCUGGUUUCUUCCCCAAUCAAGACAACGGUGUUGUGGCGAUCUACACAUUGGCAGAGUACCCGGGCGGCGUUCAAGGCACACAGUACCAAGCCAUCUCAUACAGCCGUGAUGGUGGAUACAACUUCGAAGCUUACCAAGGCAACCCGGUGCUGAACAUCAACUCGACCAACUUCCGAGACCCAUACGUAAUCUGGCAUGAGCCGUCCAGCCGCUGGGUCAUGGUGAUAGCCUAUGCUGCGGACUACGUUGUUGGCAUAUACACCUCACCCGAUCUGAAACAGUGGACGCAUGCAUCCAAUGUCACGAAAAUCGGAUAUUUGGGGACACAGUACGAGUGCCCAAAUCUUCUGCAGAUGCCCAUGAGAGGUCAAGACGAGCCUGUCUGGUUUUUGCAGCUGUCGAUCAAUCCGGGAAGUCCCCGAGGUGGAAGUAUCUCUCAGUACUUCGUGGGUUCUUUCAAUGGCACUCACUUCGAGCCCUACGAUGAUGCGACUCGCUUCACCGACUUCGCGAAGGAUAACUAUGCUGGACAGUUCUUCCAUGGAAUCCCUGCAAAUGAGCCACAAAUCACUCUCGGAUGGGCAUCGAAUUGGCAAUACACCCAGAUCGUUCCAACCGGACUUCUCGAGCACGGCCAGUUCCGAAGCGCGAUGAGUGUUCCUAGAGCUAGCUACAUCGCUAACGUGUCGGCGAGAGGCUACGAUCUCAUCUCCGAGCCCUACGGUCUGCAAGCCGUGAUUGAUCACGAACUAGCCUACAACAAAAGUCUCGGUAACGGCACUCUCCUGGCUUACUUCGGCGACGUCCCCUCAGGCGCCAUGUACUUCGAAGCCAACAUCACCAACAUCAACUCGUACACCCUCCGCGGCACUGCGAAUUUCACCAUUUCCUCUUCCAUUUCGGGCGAAUACAUCCAAGGCGGCAUCAACGCGGCCGGAUCCCCUGGGAUCUGGAUCAAUCGAGGUAAUAUCAAAGGUUUCGAGAAUCCUUAUUUCACCGAUAAGUUUUCUGAAGAAGGGCUUUUCGGGCCUUCGUUGAAUGGGACGUGGGGUAUGAGUGUGAUAUAUGACAAUUCUGUUCUGGAAUUGUUUUUCAAUGGGGCUCAGAGCGCCGGAACUAUUACUUUCUUCCCCACCAGACCGCUGGAUACGUUGGCGGUCUACGUGGAUGGGAUCGCGAAUAACGCUUCGUCCAGCGUGGGAGUUUGGGGGCUGAGAGAUACGUGGGCCAAUCAGGCGGAUCAGAAUGGGACAGUGGUAGGAAAUACUACGCACUCUUACGGCGGGAUGGAGAUGUAUUAG